AUAGUUUCCUUGGCAGACAUUGUCAGACUUUGUGUGUAUUUUCCUAGUCUAGUAAAUUUUCGUUAUAUUGUUUGUUUUUUUUUUUUUCUUUGGCACUUACAAAACUCUUCAUUUUGUGUGUGGCGAAAACGAAAUUCGGUACGAGGACUAUUUAUGGUUUUUCUAAGUCGGAGGUGUGGUGGUGGCGGUCAGUUCCGAUGCUCACAGAUUCUAGCAAAUAAAUACAAACGAUGCGACUUCUUGUUUCCUUAUAUAUCAUCUUGGCUGCGACGCUAGCGGCGACGCAGCCAGUGCCGUCGGCAGAGACAGCGACGGAGGCAGAGGCAAAAGCUGAGCUGGAAACCGGACAACGAACCGGAGAGGAGUCUGCGUCGAAGUCUCCGCACAGUGGCCUCACCGAGAAAGAUAAAAAAAUAGUGGCAGAGGAAUCGGGCACCACACAGCGAUCCGAGGGGACCUUUGACAUCAUGCCUAGAGCGGAUUUGGUGAAUACGCAAGUACAUGGAUUGACUACUCCUUCCUUGAUACAAACCACGAAGAAGAAGAAGAAAAAACGCGGCGGUGGAAUGUCCUUGAUUCUCGUGAUUGUGGCCGUGGUGGUGCUGUGCUGCCUCCUCAUCAUCUGCCUCCCACUGUUGUGCCUGUGCUGUGGCUGCUGUGGCCUGGCAUUGAGUCCCUGUCUCGGCUGCCUUGCCUGCAGUCCAUGUUGUGGCAACGAUGAAGGCGGAUGCUGCGGUGGUGGCGACGACGAUUGACCGGAUAAGGGAUAACCCGUUUCUCCGUGUCCCCCUGCAUGGCCUUCGUAUUGUAUGGCAUAAAAUUUGAAAAUAUACAUUAACUAUAAUGAUUAUUGAAUAGUAA